AUGUCACUCCAGAGUUUCCAGGAAUUUCUCGAUGGUAUAGACGACACCCUCGAUCCUCUCCCUUCACCUCCCACCCCUCCGUUACGCCCACGCAAACCAUCACCUAAAUUCCCUGAGGAUGUACUUUCGACCAUAUUUGACAUAUUCACUUCAAUCAAUUUCCCCAAUCUCAAAAUCGCCGUACGGGUCAACACAUUCCUAUACAAUCGAUACCAACCCAAACUGUACCGAUACAUAUCGUUAAAUAGUAACAACGUAGGGGAUUUCCAAUUGCAUGCUACAUUGAUUCUUGCAGCUUCAGAUACGGGUUUACCGCCAAGAAGAAACCGUGAUCGAUUCCUCAACCUGUGUCAUUCGAUUACCCAUCUAGAGAUCGACGAUGAAGAAGCAAAAAACCUCAGAGCGUACGAUAAGAAAAAUCCUAAAUCACCUGAAAUUUGGAAAUUGGAGAUAUUGAAGAGUCACUGGAAUCUGCAUUCCAUGACUUUUCAUAAUGAUGUUGGAUCGACGAGAAUCAUUUUUACGGGUGUCCCACUUCAGAGAUUCUUCAUGGCGCACCUUGCCGGUCGGUCGCCAUCGGUUUUGAUGCCAAGUACGGAAGAUAAUAUCGGUAACGACCAGACUCGGGUGCAAAUUUAUCAGGACUCCCCGAAUCAUACCGUCGGUAUGUCGGUAGAUCUGCAGAGAAGGAUCAGGGGUCAAGAUGUGACGGUUUUUGGGGAUCAGUCAAUGGGUGAAUGCGUUUGCUGCUCUUCGAGUCGAAGGAUAUCGGAAGAUGUGAUAUCCAUACGUUGGUAG